AUGGGCGGGCCCUCGCUGGGCGAUCUUCGCUCGCGCCUCAUUCGGCUGGCGGGCAUUGCCAUCGCGAACCCCGACCCCUCGUCGCGCCUGAGUAUGCCACACUCGCGCGAGGCUCUGCAUCGACUGCUUGCCUACCGUCUUCCAAUGGAUGGCCCUCUGCGGAACAUCAAGCAUGAGUGGCUCGAUAUCCUCGAAGGCAAACACUACCUGUGGCAGGGCAUCGAUGCGGAGAAGCGUGAGUGCGUGCGUGGUUUCCUUGUACAGUUUGAGAGCGAUGUGCUGCAUCGUGCGCACCGCAACUUCAACUUUCGCGGCGGCAGUAUUGGCAACUUUUUGCUGAGUGCUAUGCAGCGCUUCUUCCGUUCGAUCCAGAGCGCUAUCUUUUUGUUCGCUGCUCUGGUCAGCAUUCCUCAUGCACUGCCCGAAUGCCAUGUCUUGCCGGCCAUUAAUACUAACAAGACGACGACGAUCGCUGCAGAGCUUUCAGACGGCUCGACGCUAGUGGGGCAGUGUGAAAUUUCGCAUCCUACCCAGCCGCGCAAGACUGUAACGACCGACGCGGAUUGGAGUUUGGCGCCGACGCGGCGUACGUCGCCCGAGCCUGUGGAGAUGACACCGACUAGCUCGUCGCGUGCCACCUUUGCUGCUGCGAGCGAGAGCCCAGCGAAGACGCCACAGCGUCUGCCGCCCUCCGGCGCCGCACGGGCCAGCGCCUCGAACUCGUCGAGUGCGCACAACAUGGACGAUUCCGACUUUAGCGACGAGGAGGAGCUGGCGCCUAGCAUCUAUCAAGAUUCGAUGGAGUCUGCGCUCGGCAAUCUUGCCUUUUCCAAGCUAGAUGAAAUGACCGCACUGGAGUCGCCCAUCCGACGCAUCUUUUACGUGAACUCCUUCCAAAAUGAAGUCUUUCCCGUUCCGCAUCCCUCGUAUAUCCUGGGUCUGAACCGCAGCCGUAUUUUGGUUUAUUCAUGCGGCUCCCUCUGGACGAGUAUUAUUCCCUGUCUCGCGCUGCAGGGCGUAGCCACGGCGGUGGCCCGCUCUCCGACGCUCGAGUACAAAAUUCUGCUGCUCAAUUCGUCGCAUGACCGUGAGACGGCCGGCAUGAAUGCGAUGGAUUUCGUGCAGGCUAUUUGCAGUUCGCUCAACAAUGCGGACAGCGAAUUGAAAUCAGAUGCCAAACCUACAUCCUACCAAAUCCAGGAGCUGGUCACACAUGUCGUGUAUGUGAAGCAAGGCACGGUUCCUGUGCCUGUCCCCGAGCUCGAGGGUACCUACCCGUGGAGAGUGUAA